AUGACGAAAGAUUUAAAAGAUACUGCUUCAUCGACACAACGAUCAAAACAAGAAGAAUCAACUCGUCAAUUAUGGUUAAAUGCUGAUUGUGUUUGUUUUGAUGUCGACUCAACAGUGUGUGUUGAAGAAGCUAUUGAUGAAUUAGCUAAAUUUCAACAGGUUGGCGCACUAGUUGAAGCUAUAACACGAAAUGCAAUGGGUGGUAAUAUGAGUUUUCGGCAAGCAUUACAAACACGUCUCAAUCUUAUUCAACCGACAAGUGAACGAUUAGAACAAUUUCUUGAAAAUUAUCCAUCACAAUUAACAGACGGUAUUAGUGAACUUAUUAAUUUAUUACACGAACGUCAAAUACCUGUGCAUUUAAUCACCGGUGGUUUUCAUUCGAUUGUCGAUCCUGUUGCUAAACAAUUGAAUAUUCCACUAAAGAACGUAUUUGCGAAUCGCUUGCUAUUUCAUACCGAUGGUUCAUACGCUGGUUUUGAUGAAAAUGAAAUGACAUCAGAUUCAGGCGGUAAAGGACGUGUUAUUGAAUAUCUCAAAACUAAAUACAAUUAUCAACGAAUAAUCAUGAUCGGCGAUGGUGCAACUGACAUGGAAGCAAAUGCUGAUGGUUUCAUUGGUUUUGGAGGAAAUGUCGUUCGAGAGAAAGUACGUGAUAAUGCACCGUGGUUUGUAAAUUCAUUUUAUCAACUCAUUGAUCAACUUCGAAACAAUACAAUUGAUUCUAUAUCACAAACAAAUUCAGAUGAUCAACAUGUUGAUAAAUGA